UCUCUCUCUCCCCCCCUCUCUCUCCAGCCGGUUACACACUAAAACCAGGCUCCCAGAAGGAAACCCUCGGAGCUCUCAGCUACACCAUACUCCACAUUAACUCUAGUGAGUGUGUGAUCGCCCUCUUCUCCUUCUUUUGAGUCGUUUUCUAUCCUUUUUUGGUGAAAGCACGGGAUCUGUCCGGGGAAACCGGGACACGCGCGAGCGCACUUUGGGCGUAGCUGCACGAGGAAACAGCGGUUUUGAGGCUCGGUAGUUCACUGUAUCUGAUACCCCUUGGAGUUCACUGUUUCCCAAGAUGAAGCCAGACGGGGUUGACUCAGGAGCGACAGAGCCGAUGGUCGCAUUAGAUGCAGAUCCUGUGAUCCAGGCAGAGCCGUUAGGGGAAGGCCAGGAACAGGCCCCGCCCGCGUCACAGACGGACGAGAUGCGGCAAGGUGAACCGCAGACAACCGAGACGCCCGCUGCCGCCACCAAGAACAGCAAGGAUAAGCCUGCGGAUCCAAAGGCAAAAACAAAGGGUGUCACCAAAACAAAGACGUCCACCGCUGGCGCUCGUCCCAGCGCCGCUCAGAGCCGCAUGACGAAUGGAGUACAGAAGCCUCCGCAAGCCAACGGCGUUGCUAAGAAGACCACCGCCGGUGCGGCUGGCGAGAAGAAGACAACCACCACUGCUUCUAAAAAGCCUGUAGGUGCUGCGGGGGCAGUGACCACCAAAACCGCCAGCAAGACCACAGAAAAGAAGCCCGUUGGGGCACCAAAGACCACCGGCACGACACAGCCAGCCAAGAAGACACCUGUCAAUGGGGACAAACCCAAACCAAAACCGACAGCAGCUUCAGCUCCCAGACCUGCUGCUACCACCAAGCCCAGCACGACGUCCUCUCCCAGGACCGACAAGCCACCGGUCUCCAAGACAACCAGACCUGCCACUGGUGCGACGACUUCUCGCCCAGCUUCUGCUGCACCAAAGUCAGCUGCUCCCAGCGCGUCCAAGACGUCAGCAUCCGCAUCAAAGACCACUCCAUCCGCAGCCAAAACAACCACCUCUGCUGCUAAACCGUCACCUGCUAAAGCUCCCUCUGCUAGUCGAGCUCUGACCACAUCCACACAGAGCCCUACACCCACCAAGAAAGACGCAAGCAAGCCAGCCACCUCGGCAGCGAAGAAGUCAACCGCCUCGCCACUAACUCGCCCUGCUUCUGUUAAGACCAGCAAGCCGGACACCCCGAAGGCAUCCACGCCAGCAAAACCAGAGUCUGUCGCCAAGAAAACUUCUACUCCUAGCAAGCCAGCAGUGGAAGCCAAGACGGGUAAGCCUAAGGAAAGCAAACCAACGCCGUCAAAGGAAAUCAGUGGGACCCUGAAAGCAUCUGGCGCUAAGAGCAGCACAUCAAAGUCAGCCAGCCCUAAGAAGGUAGUGGGUAGCAGCACUCCCAUGCCAGUUAAACGUGGCCCCAAAGCUGCACAAAAAGAGAAUGAGAAAGAGGCUGUAGCUCCUGCUGUUGAGACUACUGCUGCAGUUGAAGCUGUGGCUGUUGCUGCUGCAGCCACAGCUGCUGUCGCCACAGCUGCUGGUACCAUCAUCGCUGUGACAGACAGUGAAUCCGAAGUCCUGCCUGAAUCCAAGCUUGAAGUUCCACCUGAAGUCAAGCUUGAAGUUUUAUCCGAACCCCAGCUUGAAGUUCCACCUGAAGACAAGCUUGACGUUCCACCUGAAGUCAAGCUUCAAGUUUUAUCUGAACCCCAGCUUGAAGUUACAACAGAACUCAAGCUUGAAGAUGCACCUGAACCCAAGCUUGAAGAUGCACCUGGACCCAAGCUUGAAGAUGCACCUGAACCCGAGCUUGAUGUAACACCUGAACCCAAGCUUGAAGAUGCACCUAAACCCAAGCUUGAAGAAGCAUCUGAACCCGAGCUUGAAGUAACACCUGAACCCGAGCUUGAUGUAACAUCUGAACCCGAGCUUGAAGAAACACCUGAACCCGAGCUUGAAGUAACACCUGAACCCAAGCUUGAAGUAACACCUGAACCCAAGCUUGAAGUAACACCUGAACCCAAGCUUGAAGUAACAUCUGAACCCGAGCUUGAAGUAACACCUGAACCCGAGCUUGAAGAUAUAGUUAAAUCCAAGCUUGAGGAUGCACCUGAACUCAAUCUCAAAGAUGCCACUGAACCCAAGCUUGAAGCUGCACCACAUCCAGUGGAAACCGAGUCUCGACUUGCAAUUGAAACCAAGACUGAAUAUUUGCCUGAGGCUAUACCAGAACUCUUACCGGAAACCAGGACUGAACUUGAACCUGAACCAAAAUCAGACAUCCUGUUGGAAACUGAGUCUGAAUUUAAAUCUGAAACCUUCACUGAACACCUUCUAGAAGCCAAGCCUGUAUGUGCAUCUGAACCCAGGUCAGACAUCCUGCUGGAAAGUGAGUACAACUUUAUGUCUGAAACUAUGUCUGAACUCCUGCUUGAAACCAAACCUGCAAUUGUACCUGACCCCAAAUCAGAGUCCCCAUUAGAAAGUGAACCUGAACACACAUCUGAGCACCUGCUUGAAACCAUGUGUGAUUUUGAACCUGAACCCCAGUCAGAACUUCCAUUGGAAACUGAGCCUGAAUUUACAUACGAGUCUAAGUCUGAAUUCCUGCUUGAAACCAAAUCUGAAUUUUCCCUUGCCUCUGAACACAAGUCAGAACCCUUGUUAGAAACAGAGUCUGAAAUUGCCCCUGAACCCAAGUCUGAACUCCUGUUUGAAACAAACCCUGAACUUCCCUCUGAACCUAAGUCCCAACUCCUGUUUGAAACUAAACCUGACCCUCUACCUGAAACAGUCCCAGAACCCAAAGUUGAAUUUAUGAUUCCUGAUGCAGUUGAGGACACUGCAGCAGGCGCUGAGGAUAUUCCUUCUGAUACAGAAGAAGAAACAGACGAAGAGGUAGUGCCACAGCUGGCAGCUCAGCUGAAUCUAGUCAGUGCCCCUUCUACUCUUGGCACAACAGUUAUGUCACCACCAUCCUCUCCCGCUGGAGAGUCUCCAGUUCUGGAACCUGAGAUCUCUGCUCCACUACAAGAUAUGUACACUGCCAGUAAUGUCUGGGCACAGAAUCAGCCCAUGUUCUCAAGUGAUAUUACCACAGAGAAUCUGGAGCAAGAAGAUAUCAGGGUUCAAGAGAAUCUCCUGACCACAAUGAAGUCUUCAGCAGAGGAGGCAGGGGAUGUAGAGAAACCUUUCAGUCUUGGAGUGGAGUCUGACCUGUUGAGUAGCUCCUGCAUGGAGCAUUUCAGCAAUGUGUCACCUACCUCUCUUAAUAUGGAGAUGGAGGAGGCAGUGGAAAAGGCAGAGGAAGAAAUCAAUGAGGAUGACCAUGAUGAGGAAGAGGAAGAAGAAGAGAAGCAAGAGGCGAGAGAGAUUGUUCAAGCAGUGCCGGAAACACAGACAAUUGAUGAUUUUACGUUUGGAUUAUCAGAUGUUAACAGCUCUAGUAGCGGUGUAAUGCAGCCUGAUGACUUUGACAGGAUCACCCAGCAGGAGCAAGCAGAAACAACCACAAACUUCCAAAUGGAGAGUCAUCACAGUGAUGAAGAUGGAGAGGAUUUCUCUCUGAAAAAAGUGGAAAUGGAACAGCCAUUUAUGGGUCCACCUGGGGUCAAAUCUUUUUCUGAUGAAGAGGAUGAAGAGGAGGAGGAGGAGGAGGAAGAUGAGCAGGAAAAGGAGGAAAUGGAUACUGGUCCAGAACAUGUUGACAAAGAUCACGUGGACUUUGGUCAGGAGCAAGCUGGUGAUCAUCAUAUGGAUGUUCACCUCAAAUCUGAAGAAGAGGAGGACCAUGAAGAUGAAGAUGUUGAGAUGAUUAGUGAAGUCCAGAUGGAGGGCGGAAGCAAGAUUGCUGAAAAUAUUGAUGAGGAUGACUAUGAUGAAGGAUAUCUAGACAAUUUGAACCGCACUGCUCCAGCUCCCUCAAUACCUAUGAAUGCUGCCUGGGGCCCGUUUAACCCCUUUGGAGACACAUGGGCUCAGCCAACCUCCAUUAAUGUAACAUCAAGUCCCUUAGAUGUUAAGGUAGCUGAUCACGAGACACCCACAAAGUCCCCUGCUGAAGCCUGGCUGGAGAAGCCUCUAUGCCAUUUGACUGAACCACACCUUGAGGUCCGUGAAGAGACAGAGAGCUCAGUACCAGUGGAUGGUGCUAACCUGUGUGCACCUGCUAUUGGUAUGUCCCAGUCAAGCACCCUAAGUGGAACAGCCCUGGCAGCCCACAGCAGCAGUGAGACAAGCACACCAGAAGAGCUGCGGGACUAUGACAGCAGCUCAGGGGUGGAGUCACGCUCUGAAAAGCAACAGACGCCUGUCCCCUCAGCCCAGCCUGACCAGGAACAAGACCUCGGGAUUCACCUGGAGCGUGGCGAUGGGGAAGAAGAGGAGGCAGAGACACUCCCAGCAGAUGAGGUCCUGGGCGAUGCUCCAACAGCACCAGCAUCUGUUCCAUCAUCCCCUACUACGUCUGGGGACGAGGCAAGUGAUACUGAAGGGGAAAUGCAAAUCAAUGACCCUGAUGUUCCAGGUGAUGACACUGCAGCCUUAGACAGUCCUACUGCUUCCCGAGACCUCCCUGCCUUGGACGAAGAUGAGGAGGCCACUGACAUUCAUGUUGGAGAGGAAGAUGGUGGGACCCCUCAGUCAGCCAACUCUGUAGCUUCAUAUGGCUUUGACUGCUCGGUUUCCAACUCCAAUGCUCAUUCUACUGCUGAGAGCUGUGGCAAGAGCCCUGGGAUUUUUUCCCUGGAGAACGAAGAUCAACUUCCAGAAGAAGCUAAGGAUCCCUCACUCAUUAAGGAGCUGACCUUGCCUGCUGCAGCCGCUAAAGCCGAGGAUCUACUGGGUUGUCCUGUCGACCUGCUUCCCCUUGGCCAACAAGGGGAGUCACAUGCCAAUCCUGAUGACCAAUACCUGCUAUGCGGGAAGACAGGAGCCAGUGCUCUCGAGGAGUCUGACCCAGAGUCUCCCAUGCACCUGUCUCCCCAGCACGGGGACAACACAGAUGGCCAGCCACCUUACUACUCUACUAUAUGUGAUAAUACUGAUAGCUUUCUGGCAGGUAAUGUAUAAAGUCCCAGAACGGAAUGCACCUUUUUCCCGCACCCUUCCCAAAACAGCACCCUCUCUUCCUUUUUGUCGUUUGUUUUCUUACCAGUCCAGGCAAUGGCGUAAUGAAACGGGGGAAAAAAUUGAACAUGGGGGAUGGACUGUAGGUUUAUCAGUGCUGCUUUCUCUUUCUUACUACUAUAAUAGUCAUGGUUAUGAUUGUAUGGCUUAAUUCUUGUAUGUACAAUAGCUAUUCUCAUUUUCUAUUAGAAUGUACUAUUGAAUAACACUGCGUACUACAGCACCCCUGAACAUGGAUCGAUAGACUGAACUGUUGUUAAGUCCUUUAAUGAAUACGGAAAGCAAAAAAGAAAGCAAAAAAAAAAGAAAAGAAAAGAAAAAGGAUCACAUUCAAUGGACUCUAUCUAUGUUUGUAUUUAUCCUACUGUUUUUACCGAACAAAUGUCAAAUGAUUUUUUUUUUUAUACUUGUUUUAUUGUUUAUUUUUGUUCCCGGUCUUCUCUUGCACUGUAGCUGUACCCUUACACCUCUUUUAUUUUUUUAUCGUUCCCGUGUCAAGAACUAACUGUUUUAGCACUAACUAAAGGCUAGAUCUUCUUCCAGAGGGCUUCGCACUUUGGAGUUUUUUCAGUGUAGGGAAUUGUUGGAAUGUUAGAUGGCAAGCGAUGUUUUGUUUUUAAACUUUUUUCUAGCAUAAAAAAAAAAUUCCAGCACACUUUUGUGAAGGAUAACUUAUGAUAAGUCACAUACCACAGCUUUUUUAAGUACUCAGCAGUGAUCUGGUUUUGUUGAUUUGCAGUAGUUGGACAUUUUUGCUUUGGCUCAAAUAUUCGAUGUGGUGGAGAAAAAUGUUACUCGCUUUAAAAAAAAAUUACACUUGAAUGUGGGUUGGCGAGUAUCGGACGUUUGGAUUGGAAAUUGCAUGUACAACUAAUUGCUUUACUGUAAUACUGUUCAAGACCUAGUAUGUCCAGAUGAUCAAGAAAAAUAAUAACACUGGUUCAAACUAAUUAAAUGGUUUUUUCAAAAUUCCAUUAAACAUCAUUUCAAGGC